CGGACUGUUGCCACACUGACAAAAGUCAACCAAGUCCGUUGGGACCAAUUGGAUCUGUCGUUGACACAAUCUUAGCGGCCAGGAGUUUCGACUCUCGUAUCUUGUGGCUAUUCCCGUUACGAUUUCGCCGUCCCUUAAACCUAAUCCUUCACCAUGGGUUCCGGAAGAAGGUCGAAGCUUGGAUCGUCGAAGAAGAAGGAGACGCAAAAGAAGAAGAAGAGUAAGAAUGAGAAAGAAAAGGACCAAACUUUCUUAGAGCUUCCUUCUGAUCUCUUACAACUGGUAAUUUCUCGUCUCCCUUUAAAAGACAACAUCGUUGCUUCUGUUGUCUGCAAAACAUGGCACAAAGCUUGUGUUUCUCUUCGAGUUGUAGAUACAUCUCCUUGGCUCGUCUACUUCUCCAAAACAGACGAAUCCUUUGAACUUUAUGACCCAUCAAUGCAGAAAACAUACAAUCUUCAGUUUCCUGACUUAUCCUAUUUUCGUGUUUGUUACUCCAAAGAUGGUUGGUUACUCAUGUACAAUGCUAAUACUUAUCAACUCCUUUUCUUCAAUCCGUUUACUCGAGAUCGCAUACCCGUGCCUCCGCUUUGGAAUGCAUAUGAUCAAAUAACGGCUUUCUCUUGUGCUCCUACUUCGACUAGUUGUGUCUUGUUCACAGUCAGUUAUGUUUCUAGGAAUUCCAUCACCGUCAAGACAUGUUGCGUUAAUGCUAAAGAGUGGAACACAUAUGAGUUCGAGAAUCGGUUACCGCGAAACUUCAACACUUUCGAGCAGAUUGUCUUCUCCAAUGGUGUCUUCUACUGCCUCACUAAUACUGGAUGCUUAUCGACCUUCGACCCAUCGUUGAACUCUUGGAAUAUUCUUCCCGGGCGACCUCCCAAACGACCUGGGAGCAACGGAUGCUUCAUGACAGAACACCAAGGAGAUAUCUUUCUCAUUUACAUGUACAGACACAUGAACCCAACAGUGCUUAAACUUGACAUUACAAGCUCUACAUGGACUGAGAGGAAAACACUGGGAGGCUUGACAAUCUACGCAAGCGGCUUGUCUUCUGAAUCGAGAGCCGAGCAGCAGAAGCCGAGUGGAAUCAGAAACUGUUUGUGUCUCUCUGUGUUCCAUGGAUUCAAGAGGACUUGCAUAUGGUAUAAGGUUGAUGUAGAGAGUAAGAUUUGUUUGAAAUGGAAAAAACAAAAUCCAUAUGAGAAUAUCUGGAUUGUGCCACCUCAAAAUCUACUUGAGCUCCCUUUUGUUUGAUCAACUUCUCUAACACAGUUAUAGAAUUACUUUUUCAUACUUUGUUCAAUGUACAAUAUGGCAUGCUGAUAAUAGAAAAGGGGAAAAGUCUCAGAAUCUGGAAACACAGAUACAAACCACUCUUGGUUUUGAUCUCACACUCAUAACUCAUAAGCUGAUUAACAAUGUUCAGUCCUAAGUGAAACAAAAACUAAAACAAUGAAACAAACCAAACAAAUAGAAAUGCUAAACCAUAUCAAACUGAUGAUCAAGCAAAAGAGGAUUAAAAAUAUGAAAUCUGCUGCCUAUAAUAAAACUCUAUGCAGCAACAUUGUAUGAUCAGUAGAGAACCCAAGCUUGCACCUUCCUUCUUUGAACCAGUGCGAAAAAAAAAAACAAAAAAGUAGCCGCACACAAA